CAUGCAGGUGAGUUGCAGACGGCGGGUCCAGUUGGCAGGCGGUAUAUGAUCUGAUCUGCUUUCACUUCACUUACACCUUAGAUGAUCCUUUGUAUUCUCAAAUCUGUUUAUCAUUUUCGCAGGCCUCAUCAGAGGCAGCGACGAUUGAGAGGAGCUUCUAACAGUCACGCGAAGUGCCUUUCCAUACAUCGACCACUGUUGGCGCACCUCGCGUUUGUUGUUCAACUCCUCAGCCACCUACCUCUUCACCAGCAAGGUGAUUCCCUCAAAUACGCCCGUCUUCCUCAACAUAGCGAGUACUGGUGUUAUUGAGCUUGAGGAGACCUGCAUCAUGUGCCCUCGGCGAGGUACGAAAGUCUGUGCGAAAUGCAAAGAUGCACGAUAUUGCUCAACAGAUUGCCAGAAAGUGGACUGGAAGCAGCACAAGAUCCUGUGUCCUACCUUCAAUCAAGAAACUAAGCCCGACGCUUUCCACCGACGCGGUCUAUUCUAUCCUGGUGGUGAACAAAAGGCUCGGUAUGUCUGGAUGGAGGUUUGGACCGAGCACGAGGGCGACGCUUUCUGGGACUGUUCCGACUUCGGACCAUACCUCGGAGGAGGCUUUGGAGGUCACGGCUUAUUUUCAGAUCCAAACCCCAUCCAGGCUCGCGAAGUAACGCGUGAUGAUACAGAGGCUGGACUGGAGUUCUGGCAUAUGGAUCUUAACGUCAUGGAACCUCCUAACCUCGGCUUGAGAGCUUGCACCCGCGGACAGGCUUGCGCACCCAAUUUCAGAGGUCCAAUUCUGGUUACGCGCAAAGUCGAGCUUGGCGAUUGCAUGGAGAAGAGUGUGGAUGUUGACUCGCGAGACGCACGAACUGCCGCCGACCAUUUCAGCUGGUGGUACCGUGACGGUAGCGGGAAGAUGCCGCACCUCAAAGAUCAGCGUAUCCUUGUGACUUCAUGCGUCAGUCCUCAACAUGUGGCUGACUUUAAUCUCUCUUCAAAGUAUCUUGAGCAUGUCAUCGAUGGCUGCGAUAGCAUAUUUGCUUCAGGAGGAAGUGGCAUCGCAAACCUGCUAGGUAUCCCACUUUCUCUGCGUCUAAUACAGCCAUUCGGAGAACCCAGCGAAAGUCGUCGCACCAAGGCAGCUAUGCUACUCAUGCGAGACGUUACCUCUAUGACGUUUGGUCCACACCCACGGAGCAGACGCUAUAUCGACCGAAACUUUUGUGGUACGAACGGAUUUGCGUCGUCUGGAAGCAUCUGGAGCGGGGAUACAGUCGGGUCCGUGGUUGCAGCUCGAUUUGAUGGCCUUCCAUUGCUCAGACAGCACGUUGUGAAGCUCUCUGUAAUUACAUUGAGACUCGCAUUGAGCCAAAACUUGCUGCAGCAAUCUCGGGUCUUUCUACCGGCGACGUGGUUCCAGAACGCGAGCGUAUCCUGAACGCAAUCACCAAGGCCGAUUUCUUGGAAUUUUUUGAAAACAUGAAAGCCGAACGAGCAGCAACCAACGAAACCUGGCGGAAUCUGCUUUCUCCAUACGAGGUCACACACGAAUGAGUCAUGCAGACAGCAUACAGAGGGUAUGGGAACAGCAAGGACGCUGCGGACUUCCCCAGCUGCGUGGUAGGCCACACCAACGUAUUUUCAUGUAUGAGGCAUGAAGCCGAAUGG